AUGGAAGACGCCAACGACAUAAUCAAAGAAAUAAUAUACCGGUCCGCGGACGAGUGCAACUGCAACAAUGAGGAGCUGAACUUCCCCACCGUCAUGAAGCACUUCUACGAAAUGACGCGGAGGCACAGCGUGCCGAAGCAGCUCUCGGGGGAGAUCCUCAACAAGCUGGUCCUCAUCUGUAGAAAUAUAAUCGAGGAGAAAGUCGCUUGUGAGUACCCCCUCAGGGUGCACCACGAGGGGGGGGAAGAAGAGGAGGAGGAGGAAGAGGAAGAAGUAGAUGUCUACGAUGCCGAUGAUGCAGAUGAUGCAGACGAUGCAGACGAUGUGGAAGACGCGCGGGACCUCGCGCGAGGGGAUGGCAGCCCCCUCAGCAUGCGGGACGUCUUCUCCUCCUCGCCAGAUGUGUACCACUACGAACAGCGCGAGCGUUACGACUGCCUACCGGCCGGGGGGGAAGCCGUCGAGGUGUGCCGCGUGCGGCCCCGGCGCGCCGCGCGUGAGGAGGGCACCCCCUACGGAGAGUGCCUCCCCUACGGACAGGGAGCCCCCCUGGAGCAGCGCAGCCCCUACGGGCCGCUCAAAAUGACCACCCUGAGGAGGAAGGGGCCCGCGGUGGAGAGCGCGCGCGUCUGCGAGCUGGGUCCCCCGAGCAGGCUGAGCAUCGUGGCGUUGGCGAGUGAGCGGCCAGGGAGGGGCGGCACCACGAAGGGGAGCAGCACGAUCGGAGGAACGGUGAAGGUCGGAACGGUGAGGAACACAUUCAGGGGCAACCCCGCGAGUAGCGCCAAGCGCAGCGCCGACCCGAAGCAAAACGAAAAGUCCUUCAUGCACAAGAAUAAUAGGAACCUGCUGAAGAUUUACCUCAACGGGGAUUUGAUUUGCAAUGUGUAUGAGAGGCUCUGCAGGAAGGUGGCCUGGGGGGGUAGCGGCGGGGUUAGCGGCGGCGCUGGGAUCGUCAGCGCUGCGGUGGACACCUCCAGUGUGCAAAGGAAGGUGAAGCGAUACAACGAGGGGAACGUGUUCUUCACAUUCCACACGCUGCGGAAGUUCCAGAGGCACUGGGUUUCCUACGCGAGGAAGAAGAGGGAGCUGAGGAGCAGAGCUGCCAGGCAUGGCAAAGUGCACACCAGAAGGAUGCUAGCCAAGUGCUAUGACAGAUGGCUCUACCGAAAUGAGAAAAAGGUGUAUGUGAAGGGAGUCCUCGAAAAGUUGCUAGAAAAGAGGAAGAAGAACCUUCUCCUAAAACACUACAAUGUAUGGAUGUGCAAAUACAAAAAGAAGAAAAAAAAAAUUUUUAUUUAUCUCGUUCAUAUCUUCAGUGAGUGGAGAGCCUACGCAGAGAGGGAGAAGACGUUACAGACGGCAAAGCAAACAGUGGAAAGAAGAAAAAAAAAAAAAAAAUUCUCCCUCUGGAAGGAACGAUACAGGAGGAAGCUAAUGAAGAAGAAAAAAAACGAGCAAAUAAAAAGUGUCUACAGUAAAAACCUGGUGAUCAAGUGCUACGUGCAUUUUGCUUUGUUCCACAGGAAGAGGAAGAGGGAGAGGCAGUCCUUCCACUUGGUUAGCCUCCACACAAGGGAGAAGCUAUCGCGGCUGUACUUCUCCCUGCUGGUUAGUCGCUAUAAAGAAGAACUGCUGUUUAAGCAGUACUACGUGAGGUACCUUAAAAAGGUGAGGAAAUCCCAUUUGAAGAAAUUCUUUGCAAUCCUCAGGGGAUACGUCCAAAGGAGGAGGCACCUGAAAGGGGCCUACCACCUGCUGGCAAGGAAAAAUGCUACAAAUGUAACUGCUUCAUAUUUUGCAAAGUGGGUGUCUACCCUACGUGAGGAGAGGAGAAUCUCCGCCCUGCUCAGCAAGCACCUCGAAAGAAGGGCCCUCUCUCUGCAAAAAAAGUUUUUAAAAAUUUUAAGAAAACACAAAGAUAAAUCACUCAGUCUGAAGAAGAGCUUCCUAAUUCUUUAUGAGAGGAGGAACCGACUCGAAUUGCUUCGCACCUUCCAGCAGUGGAAGAAGCGCUACACCAUCAACGCCACGCAGUAUAUCCUCUUGCACAGCAAAUAUAAGUACAAACUAAUCAUUCGCUGCUUCUCCCUCCUACGAGGUUACAACAGCUAUAGGAAGAGGAGGAGGGGGGUAACAGAACAGAUGCAUAGCUACUAUGCUAACCGGGUGAAGAAGAGAGCUCUAUCCAGAUGGACCCACUAUGUGCACGUCCACCGGAGGGACAUCCUGCAUUACUACCAUUUUAAUAACCAAGGGAGUUUGUUCCUCCUCUUCAUGAUGAAGACCCUGCUGCAGAGUCGAUUGCACUCUCCAGAAAGCAACGGGAAGACUCUCCUAGACGUCGUCAAUUUUGCCAAUCUAAAUUUCAACGUAAAUAGUUUUAUGUUCAUUCAUAAGAAGUACCUCGUGGGGAAGGGCCUCCUCCCGAACGUGGGCACUCUCUACGAAAACGCCAUGUUCGUCUACAGGUGCCUGAACAUCAUUUGCUCCUUCGUGCCCGCGCCCUUCGCCGUCAGCCUGCGCCGGCUGCGCCACAACCUGCCCUACCUCUGCUUCGCCCUCAAGAUGGCCAUCUACAAACGCGUCGUCGACACCUGGCGCAACGAGUGCACGCGCCUCAAGCGGUUCCGGGCGGAGCGCAGCCUGAAGCUCCAAGGGCGCUGCCUCUCCCGUGUUAGAAGCCUCAUAAAGAAGAAGAAAACCCUCCAGGAGGCCAAACAAAGGUAUGACCAUGAGAGGAAGGUCCAAAUGAAAGGCAAAAUCUUCUGCACCUGGCUGUCCCUCCGAAUGAAGUACUACACCUUCCGCAAGAAGUUCCAAUGUUAUGGCAUCCGAAAUAGGGAAAAAAAAAUGAAAAGAAUUUUACAAGGCUGGAUAAGUAUAAGUAGGGAAAGGAGAGAGAAAAAAAAAAAAAUCCUGCUCUUCUUCAAGUCGGUGCUGAUGAGAAAGAAGAAGAAGCAUUUCGACUGUCUGCAGCUGCAUGCACAUAGGAAGAGGAAAAAAAAACUUAAGGAGAAGAUUGCCAAGCUGUUCUACGCGCGCAAGUACAAGCGGAGGGCCUUCAAGGCGCUCUUCGUCUACUCGAAGAACGUUCUUUUCUUUACUGCUCUUAAUCGAAUUGGCGAGUCGUUCUUAAAGCAGAUGUGCGUCCGCAGGUGGAGGCACCUGACGAGGGCAUUCCUGGAAAGGCGCCAGGAAGUGAGGGCCGCGCUCGCCCGGCAGGACUUGAAGGUCAAGCGCCGCUUCUUCAACAUCUUCUUUGUCUACAUGGCCCACCUGAAGCGCGUGCAGGCGAAGCUCCUCGCCGAGAAGUUCCUCAACCGGUGGAAGAGCUACGUCGAAAUGCGAAGGAACAAGGAGGCCUUUCUCGCCAACAUGAUAAGCCUCUUCAGCAGGAAGAAGAAGCUGAAGGUGAUUAGCAAGUGGUACACGCGCUUCAUCCUGAGCGUUCGCUUUGGGGAGACGGAGAGGAUCCUCUCGAGGAAGGUGUGCCUGGUUUGCUUCGCGGGCCUGCUGCUCUACAGCCAGAAGAUGAGGCGGGUGGAGCUCUUCCUGAGGAGCCGCUCCAACGUGGUGACCUGCCAGAGGAUGCUGAAGCAGUGGCGGAGACAAGCCAAGCUGCAGAUAAAGAAGAAGCAAAUAGCCGAGAGGAGACUAGCCGCGACGAAACAAAAGUACUUCUCUAAGUGGAAGAGCAAAUUCGAAAAAGUAAGGUGCAAAAAAAAAGAGGAAAUUAAAAUACAGUCAGUUAGGCAUCUAGCAAAUGUUAACACUCUACGAAAGAUGACCCACUUGUGGAGUAUCAAAUGCAGACAGUCUAGAAACGUUAAGCGUCUGAUCCACGCGACAAACACGUUCGCAAUUAGAAAGAGCAAGAGGGAAGCGUUGGUUGCAAUGUACAGAUGUAGCCACUACUACAUCAACAUACAAGUGACGCUUACCAAUUUCUUAGUAGAGAAGAAAGACAGAAUGAAAAGAAACAUAUGGGACACCUUAAAACGUAAUCGGAGCAACAGAGUGAGGCACAGGAAAGCUACCCACUUCUUCUGCUCCAUCCUAAAAUCCAAAGCCUUCGCAGCUUUGCAGCAACACCGACAGAGACAAGCAACACUCAGGAGGGGGUCCCAGAUGCUCACUCUCAACCGGAAGAGGAAAUACUUCAGAGCUUUGCUCCACUUUUUUGAGUUUGUCAAAAGGGCCAAAUUUGGUUUCUUUUCCGUUAGGCUUAAUGGGGAAAGUAGACUGCGCCGCCAGUUCUUCCUCGCUUGGAUGACCUUCCUGACGAAGCGCAAACAGGAGAGGAAGACCGCCCGUGCCAUACGGAGACAACGGGCGAACCGAAUAAAGGGGGCCAUCUUCUUCCAAAUUAAGAGAAGAAUCAACCGGAAGAGGUACCUCCUUCUUCUCCUACACAGGAUGGAGGAGCUCAUCCAAGGGAAAAUGUACCACCAGGGUUUUUACAAAAUAAGGGCGCACAGGAAGAUCGUGCUCAUCCGCGAGAAAAUCCUUUCGAAGCUGCAAAGAGACAGGCAUGAAAAAACGAUGAGGAAGGCCUUCCAAUCGCUCAGGGACCGACUAGCCAAAAGUAAAAGGACUCAAGUGGAAAAGGACUUGACCCACCGCUUCUACACCAAAUUGAUGAAGAAAAAGUAUUUCCGUUUCAUUUGCCAUAUGUCUACCCAUUUGUCCAUGAGGAGGGACACCCUCCUGCUCAGAGCGGAUGCCAACCGCGUGUCUCACGCUCGAAAAAGGUUUUUCCUUUCGUGGAAAUCCUUCGUGAAGAGGAGAAGACUCCACAAGGAGCUUUACAAUGCGGUGAAGCUACAGAAGAAGGCUCGCGUCUUCAUUACGCUGCUACACGUGAGGGCCCAAAAUUGCUACCGUAAAGUGGCCUUACUGCGGAGGAUACACGCGCUGGUUUACCCCCCCCGGGGCGGUAUCCCCGCGUUUGAGGAGAUCCUCGGAGGUGGGCAGCCAGGAGCGUACCCGCUCAGCUACAAUGUGGGAGACUCACCCGAUUUGGACUGCUCCUCCCGAGGAAGUGAAGAAAACGGUGGAAGUGUUAUACGCGGUGGAAGAGAGCGGCACCACCCCGCCCGUGAUGACGCAACCACUGGGGAGCCUCCAACCAGCUGGAGCACACGCCAACAAGCUAACACACUCAUUGCGCUGAACCGAAUGCACAUACAGAUGGGAUGCAGGGGAAAGAAAAACUACCCUUAUAGGGAAAAACCACCGAAGAGACAAAACAGCCAUUUUUACAUCUACCAAAGGGAAUGCCAUUCUCUAAAAAGCACCCCCAUGAACAGACUAAUGCUUCUCUACCUCCUCAUGAGCGACCUCCACAACGUCAAUGUCUUUUUCGCUCACUUUAAGAAGAAUUUUAAUUUUUUGUAUCAUUUCUUUUUUAACUUCCUCUCCCUCAAAAUGAAGAAAUUGCUUCUGAAGCUUUUCAAACGUAAUCGCAGAUUUAGUUUUUUCCGAGCUGCUUAUACAGAGGACGCCGACUUGAGGGGCAACUUUAAAAUGUUGCUGCUGAUUUAUUACCUGCUGGGGGGGUCUGUGCCCCCGGGGGGGGGCUCCCACGAAAGCAGGGCUCUCCAGAUUUGCGCCGCGGUUCGCGCCUUCCUCGGGGGGGGGGAGGCAGCCAGAGCGGCGAAGGCGGUCAACGAAGCGAAGGAGGCCAACGUGACACACACUGCAGAGCGAGUGUACCCCCCAGGGGGGGGCAAAUCCCCAACGGCCAGCAGCAGCGAGGGAGACACGUCCCUCUCCUCGCGGAGCUCGCGAAGCGGGGCCUCCUCCGUGGGGGCGAACAACGCAAUGAAGUGUGCCCCAAUGAAGUGCACCCCCGUGAAGCGUACCCCAAUGAAAUACACCCCCGUGAAGUGCACCCCCAUGAAGCGCACCCCCGUGAAGUGCACCCCCAUGAGGCACCUAACGAGGGACAUUCCCAAUUUUGUCGCCGCCCUAAAGAGUGGCAUAGCAACCCGGUUUAGGGAACCCGCCCUCAGUGUGCACUUCUCCCUAAUGUGCCGCCUACGUAGAGAGCAGCUAAUCAGAUUGCACCUCUUCUUCAGCAGAGUUAAGAGAUCCACGCGGUGGUGGAAGCAGUACAGCCUAGUGAAGAGCCAACAUAAGAAGGAAGACAGCAAAAGGGUAGCCACUCUGGAGAGAAAAAAAAACCGCGAAAUGGUAGAAAAUUUUUUUGGAAUAUGGGUCCUAUCGUUCAACUGGAAGGUGAAAGAAAUAAAAACAAAAAGAAAGCAAAUUUUGAAGAAGCACAUCCGACUGUUGUUUUCCUACUGGCAUGGGCUAAUCAAAGUGGGCACCUACGAUAAAGAGAAAUUUUUAAAACUUAAGGAGCGAGUCGAGAGGAGGGUGAAGAGGGACCACCUGCACAGAUUCAUAUCGGCUCAUCUUUCUAAGACAAGUGAAAAAAGGAACUUCUCCACUGUAAUGAAGCGAAGCAAUGAAAAGAGAAAAAAAACGUUCUUCUACGUGUGGCUGUUGCUAUACCGCUAUGAGCAGAAGGGGUGUCUGGUGCGCUCUCGCAUGCAGAGGAGAGUGCUGAGGAGCCACUUCAACUCCUGGCUUGCCACCUACGCGAAGAAGCAAACUUACCUGCUUCUCAUUCGCACGUUAAAUGAAUACCUGUUUAGGAGGCUCUUCUCCCACGUGGUGCAAAAAUUUAAAUAUUACAGUUUUAUUAAAGGGAGAGCGGUCGCCACGAUGAAGAGGUGCCUGCUCGUGCACUACAACCUGGUUAGGCGAAACGUAACGAUUGCCAAGCUGCAGAUUUACAUCUGUGCCUCCGUCCGGUUUACCCUAAUGAAGCGCCUGUUUGGGCUCUGGAGCGUCAAGCACAGGAAGAGGAAAAACUGUAGAGAGAGCUACCACACCAUUGUGAAGGGGAAAAAACGCGUCUUCUUCCACCAGUGGGUUAAGCACCUCCUCGGCAAUAGGCAAAUGCAGGAGGAGAAAAUAAAAAAGUGGCACUCCCUUUUUGUGAGGAGGUUCUUCUCCCAAUGGAUGACGCAUCAUCAUUAUGAGAAGGUCAAAAGGAGGAGAAAAAAAAAAACACUACAAUUUUACUUUCACCAUUUGAGGAGAACAUACCAGGUGAGUCUCUCCCUUAGGGAGUACAUCAGGAAGGCCCACCUCGGGGUGAAGCGGAAAUUCUUUUCCAUCCUGAGGGAGCACAAAUUCGUGAGGGUUAACAAGAGAAGGAUCAAUUUGUACUGUGAGCAGCUCUGGGGGAAGACCCUCUUGCGGAGGUGCUACUCCCUCUGGGUGGAUCAUUACCGAACGGGUAAACGUAUGAAGAGGGUGGAGAGCAGGCUGACCCUCUUGAGGACCAUCCAGCUGCUGAGAGGAAGUCUCACCGGGUGGCUACUACACACACAUAAGAAGAAACAGUUGCGCGAAAUUCACAACGUAAUAACAAUUCGGAGGAGCAAAGCAGCUCAAACGGUAUUCUACAGGUGGAGACGUCUCCACCAAUUUGCCACGAGAAGGAGGAAGAGAUGCACGCAGAAGUUUUUCCUCACAUGGAUUGGCAAUUUUAAAUUAUGUAUAUUUCUAAACCGGUUAAAUGUGUACGUGUGUAACAUCUACGCGAGGAACGUCUUCCGUUUCUUCUUCCACUUGAGGAACAUGAGUGAGAAAUAUAAUCGCCUCUCCCGGGGAGACUUCCCUUUUGUGAAAAGGCAAAUGGGGUACGCGCUUGCCCGCAGAACGGAGCUGCUAUCCCUCGGAUUUAGCGCGCUGAACGUUUAUGCCCAUCGCUGCAAAGAGGUGAGACUCAAAUUGGAGACCUUCAUAACGGGGAAGGAGGACCAACUGAAGAAGCGCCAUUUUGCCCUACUGCUAAGGUACCAAAAAAAAAAAAAAAAAAAAAUGCACCUACACAACUUGCUGCUCAGGUACACGAUAGAGAGGAAAUUUCGAAAGUGCAAAACCGUCUUUUUCAUUCUCACCAACGUGUUUUUUUAUGAAAACCAUCUGCGGUUGUGUGAAAGGACCAUUCAGUGCCGCACACAGAGGAGGACCUUGCUGGGCUGCCUACACAAGUGGACUCGCUUUAAAAAUUAUUCCAAAGAAAAUGAGUACCUCCAAAAUCUGAGCAGUCACUUCCUAACGUUUAGGAGAAAAUCUGAGCUCAUCAUUUCUCUUAAACAUUUCUAUGUUGAGCGUAAGUGGAUGAAUUACUGCGAGUAUAAUUCGCUCGUAUACUACAAGAGCAUUCAGGAGAGAAUGGCAGCUCGGGUGGUCACCCACUGGCAUAGAAACUCCCUCCUUGCUCGCCGCCUCACCGAGAAGGGCCACCAGAUUGAGCAAAAACGCGAGCGUAAUGUUGUGAAGAAGUUUUUCUUCCUCCUCAUCUUUUCCAUCAACAAAAUGAAGAUAGUAAAAAAAAAUUUCGCCAUCGUCCGCUUUAAGAGGGAGAAAGUAAUAAAACAGAGCAUCAUCAACUCGAUGCGGAGCGCCACUUUGGCCUGCUCUGACCACUUGGACCGCGUCGACGAAACGAUCAGACAAAAGAGGCAGGCGCGCUUCGCUAGGGCCUAUGGCCUGCCCUUCCUCAGACUGCUUAUGAAGAAGAAGAACCUCCGCAAAGCCCUCCUCCAUGCCAAACGCAGAAAUGAAGACGCCCUCGCCAAAAAAUACUUUUACUCUCUCAUUUAUAAAUACGUCACCAACGUGAAUCACUAUAAAUACUACUACUACAAUAAGUACCUCUCCCUCUGGAGGUACUUCGUGGUGAUGGGCGCCGCGGGGCGGCGGCCGCAGGGGGGGGGCCACGCCCCCUUCGCGGGCCACUCCGACGAACAAUCGGAUAACCCAUCAGACGGUCAAUCGGAUAACCCAUCAGGCGGUCAAUCGGAUAACCCAUCAGACGGUCAAUCGGAUAACCCAUCAGACGGUCAAUCGGAUAACCCCUCCGAUGGUCAAUCGGAUAACCCCUCCGAUGGUCAAUCGGAUAACCAAUCGGAUAACCAAUCCGAUGGCCCCUCCGAGGAGAGCAAAUCGGACGUCUCCUCCGAGUACUCCCUGACCUCCGCGCUGGGCCUGCGCAAGGGGGAGGCGAAGGGGGGCAAAGGAGACCUCCCAGAAUAUGCCAACCUGGGCUCCCUUAACAGCUCCAUCGCGUCCUCCGAAACGAAGGAGGAGAGCGACACGUCGGGCGUCGCCGCGGUGGGGGAGGCCAAGUUGUGA